GUGCCGUAGUUGUUGGCGCUCUAGGCGUAUGGGUAAUGUAGUUUAGCAACACACGUGCGGUGUUGCUCGCUUCUUGCCAAGUUUUGCGCCGCUAUGGCCGGUCUGGAGUUACUGUCCGACCAGGGCUACCGCCUGGACGGGAGAAAAGCCACCGAGCUGCGGAAGGUACAAGCUCGUAUGGGGGUUUUCUCUCAGGCUGACGGCUCUGCGUACAUCGAGCAGGGCAACACUAAAGCCCUGGCUGUCGUGUACGGCCCGCAUGAGGUGCGAGGUUCACGGAGCCGGACCCUUCAUGACCGAGCUGUUAUCAACUGUCAGUACAGCAUGGCCACGUUCAGCACGGCAGAGAGGAAGAGGAGGCCUCACGGUGACCGCAAGUCGGCUGAGAUGAGCCUCCACCUCAAGCAGACGUUUGAGGCGGCUGUGAUGACCCAGCUGUACCCGCGCUCUCAGAUAGACAUCUAUGUCAAGAUUUUGCAGUCAGACGGUGGGAACUACAGCGUGUGUGUGAACGCUGCCACGCUGGCAGUGAUCGAUGCCGGCAUCCCCAUGCGGGACUACGUGUGCGCCUGCACUGUGGGGUUUGUGGACGAGACGCCCCUGGCCGACCUGUGCUACGCAGAGGAGGGUGGAGGGGGCAGCUCGCUGGCCUUGGCGCUGCUGCCUCGUGGGGGGCAGAUCGCUCUGCUGCAGAUGGACGCCAGGCUGCACCAGGAUCACUUAGAGACUCUGAUGGAGGCAGCCAUGACCGCCUGCAAAGGAGUGAGCAAAGUGCUGGAUGAGGUGGUGCGGCAGCAUCUGCAAGACGUGUCGGUGCUCACCCGAGAAUGAUGCGGCCCUGAGGGGGAACGAACAUCUGCUGGAAAAUGUCAAUGGACUUUGAAGGACGAAGAAUGAUGGGAACAAUUUGUAAUAAUUUUUUUUUGUGUGUUUAUAUUGUACUUUUGUAUAUACCCUCUGAAGUUAACAAUAAAACUGUGGAACCUGGA